AUGGAGCGACUCGAUCAGAUUGCGCGGGAGCUGGGAGUUGUGAUCGAGCUUGCGGCAAGCCCGCACCUCCUGCCCCCCCGCCAAGUCCCAUCAUUCAUGGUCCCGGAUGAUGAGAGAAAAGCUGAUGCUGUUCUUGGGCAGCUUAAAAUUGAGGCUGGAAAACCACAGUCAAGAAGGUUGAGGAGGCUCACAACCAUUCCUUCCAAGACGCAAACUUACGAUGAGCUCCAUGCCGCAUUAUCCCGAGUAGUAUCGGAAAAUGGACUGGCAGGAGUGGUGGAAGUUCUCAUCAAGAGAUUCGGUGUCGUUCCUGAAGGCAACAGUAUCAAGGACCGUCUGAAAAGAAGGGCCAGCAACAUUGGGAUCGCGCCCAAGAUGGGAAGCACCGACAACAGGAAGCAGCGGGACCAGCUCAUCCACGCCGCUGUGGAGGUUGGACGGGAAGAUUUUGUACAGUUGUUUGCGCCUUGGGCUGAUCAGUCAAGCUUAGAUCGGGCAUUGGGUACCGCACUCGAAAAAAGACAGGCGCCGAUUGUCGAAUGUCUAUUGCGAUAUGGAGCGAAUUCGGCCUUGUACGAGGAUGCAUUCGUGACUUGUGCCCAGCACGGGGACAUCGAGUUGCUCCGACUCCUCCUUUGCGCAAGACUGCGGCUCUCCGAGGCAUGUAUCACUCGAAGUCUCUUGCCCGCGACAGCGAGCGGGUCUCUUGGUGCUGUUCUCCUCCUGGUCCAGGCAGGAGCGGAUGGGAGUCACGAGUCAGCCGCUGCACUCAGGCGUGCCGUUGAACUCAAUCGAACCGACCUCGUUGUUGCUAUCGUCCGAGGCCAAAAUCGACCAUCGGGCGUAGACUUGAACGCGGCCCUAGACGCCGUCGUAUCAUCAUCUACUUCCCUCAACGCAAAACUUCCCAUCAUCGAAGUCCUUCUCUGCGCUGGUCCGGUGGGCGAUGCUGCUAACGAGGCUCUUAUCAAAGCAAGCCUUCAUGCCGAUAUCGAGUCGUUGCAGCUACUUUUAUCUCACAAAGCGGACAUCAACUACAACGAAGCAUCCGCAGUCGCUCACGCAAUUCAGAGAAAGCGGAGCGAUCUCGUCACUUUGCUGCUUGAGAAGCAAACCUUGAAGCCCGAGCAUGCUUCAGAGCUAGUUCGACACAUCCCGCGGUCAUGCCAGUCCAAAGAGCGAAUCGCAAUUCUAUCCCAAUUGUUAUUACAUGGAGCUUCGGGUAUGUAUUGUAACAUGUUGCUCAUCAUUUGUGCUGAAGAAAACGAUGUCAAUACCGCACAUCUACUUGUUUCCUAUGGGAGGGACCGAAACUCCCCCGUCUGCUCCGUCGACUUCCAUGCCGCAAAAUGUCUUCAGGUAGCAGUCACUUCAAACAGCGUCUCAAUGCUCAAAGUCCUCGCUCUAGAAGGUCGCCCGACGAAGGGGGCGCUUGCUGCUGCCUUCUCAACUAUCCCUCCAAAUCUGAAUAAGAACGACCACUUCUUGAUAGUCCAGACUCUCCUACGUGGUGGAGCUCAAGGUUCAGAAGUGACUGAUGCACUCCAGGCAGCUGUCACGGGUCAUAAAAAGUCUGUCCGGCUCGUGGAGCUUCUCAUUAAGUUCGGCGCCGUUGUCACAGACGAAUGCCUCUGUGCAUGUGUGUCUCAAGGGUCAACCGAAAUCCUAGAAGUACUCGUUACCGGGCCAGUCUCCCCAAAUGCGUGCGCUGAGGGCAUCACAAUCGCCAUGAAACUCUACAGUAGUGCAACUCGUUUUCGCCUCAUCAAGACACUCCUUGGUCCGGCCACUUCAGCUGGCUUUGAAGUUCCCGCAAUCUCAGCCGCGGUGAUUGACGUCCUUCAGAAAUGCCCUGGAGAUAUCAAGCUUUUAGCUCUGCUCUGUCGGGAGGGAGGAGCAGAUAUUAGCUUCCGUGAUGGCCUCGCAGUCGAGCUCGCCAUGAAGCAGCAGGACCCCGUUAUUCUGAAUGUUGUUCUCCGAAACGAAAGAACUAUCCCGACCCCACCAACUAUCGAGCAAAGGUUGAAAAGUGCGAUGGGACUCCCACUUGCAGAUGCAAAUCGAAGAGUGAAGGUUGACGCCAUCCUGUGGCGAGUGAAGCCUCAGGAUGUAAUAGACCAAGCACUUAUCAAGGAACUCGAAUCCGCAUCGACUUCCACGCAAGAUUUGGGAGUGGUGGAAGCUCUCUUGUCUGCUGGCGCGGACGUAAAUUCCUACAACGCGAAACCCCUCUGCUUGGCUGUCAACCAAAUUACAAUUUUGGAUCUCCUCCUUUCAAAGCGGCCGAGUCACGAGAGCUUGUCCCUUGCACUAUCAGCAGCGAUGAACCUUCAGACUACCAGGCUGUCUGUUUGCGAGAGGCUUCUCAAAGCAGGAGCGAACGGCGAUGGAGUCAGCAAAGCGUUGUGUAUCGCCGCCAAAGAAGGUCCUUCUGCUUUGCCUCUUAUGAAACUCCUUCUUCCUCAGGCAGAUGUGAAUUUCAAAGAUGGUAGAGUUUGGCGAUAUGCGAUCCGCGAAAACUUCAUUGACGCCUUGGAACUUCUUCUCACAUCAGGAAAUUCGCCAACUUCAGCAACCAAGGCCAGCGCGUUUCAAGAGGCUAUGAAGCUCAAAUUGUAUGACGAUCGAUACCGAGUGGCACAAAUGCUGCUGAAAGCCGGGGUCCCAGAGCAGGUCACAUCAGAUGCCUUGAUCGCAGCGGUAAAUUUCGCCCAAAUUGAACUAGUAGGGCUUCUCCUUCAGUCUGGUGCUUCUGUAGAGCACAAAAAUGGAGCUGCUUUCCACUCUGCUGCGAGUUCUGGACAACACGGACUGCUGGAACUCCUUGUACAGCGUAAGCCUACCUUGUCAACGCUGACAAGUGGGCUUGGCGGUGCUUUGGCAAUCAAAGAGAAGCCCGAGGCUUAUUAUCCUGUUCUGGAGACACUACUCAAAGCUGGAAUGCGAGGAGAACCUGUGGAUGCCGCAUUGGUGGAAGCAGUACAGGAUAAAGACGACAAGGCUACGGAGCUGCUGUUCAAGCACAAUGCCUCCAUAGAAUUUCGCGAUGGUGAGGCUUUAGUACUUGCGACUCGGUGCGCUUCCAUCCAAACUUUGAGUCUCUUCCUAGAACGACCAGUUCCUCAGUAUAUUCUGGCAAAGUCGUGGACCAUUGCUGUCAAACUUCCAAGAAACGAACGUUGCCAAGUCAUACAGCUGCUGUUGAAAGCUGGGAAAGCUGUGGAUGGAUAUGUCUCGAAAGCACUCACAGUUGCCACAACGGAAAAUCCAUCGGAUCGGCAACUGAUCAAGAUUCUCCUGGGCUGUGGGGCGUUCGACCGAGGAGAGGCAAUGACUAGUGCCGCGAAGGCGUUAGAUCUGAGGACGUUGACAAUACUCGCCAGCUCGCCAAAAGCCAGCGGUUAUAUCUCUCCUGUGUUCAAAGAUGUCAUGAGCACAGGCACCAUGUGGGACUCAGCGACAGGCCUGGCUAUCGUAGAGCUAUUUUUAAAGAAAGGGGCUACGGGGGAUGCAGUGGCCGAAGGCCUCUCCCAAGCUGUAGAGAGGUCUCGAACCGGGACAGCUCUUGCAGGUGACUUUUUGGAAGUCUUCCUUCGAUACGGCGACAAUUCAAACUCCAAGCAUCGCUUAGCCCUUCAACGUGCAGCUCGCCAAGUUGACAUUGAGCUUAUCAAGAGACUUCUGCCCACCGCCAACUUGGAAAGUAAGGCUGUGGCAAUGCCGUAUCUUUUUGCAUCCGCUGGAGAAAGAUCGAAUGUCCAACAUGCUCUGGAAGCGUUCAGUGAUUCACUUGUAGGCACAGAUAAAGAUGAGAUUGUGCUCUUUGCUCACCCUGACAAUGAACUCGGACCGAUUCUGUUCCAAGCUUUGAAACAACACCCUCGAGACAAAGACAUCUUACGAAUUCUCCUCGAUAUUGGAUACAAUCCUAACCAGUGGGAGCUACGUGAAUCAGAACCAUGGCCAAUUCUCUGCUGGGCCCUCGAGCAGCCAGAGAAAAAGAUCUCUAGCGCCGUCAUCGAGAUGUUGAUAGACAAAGGAGCCGAUGUCAACUUCGAGUCCAAGUCUGGCAUCACCCCGGUAUCUCUAGCCAUCCAAAGCCAACGAUCAGACAUUGUCUUGAAGCUUUUGAACAAAGGUGCACAUGCCACCAAACCCAGCUCCGAAGGCAUCACACCCCUCAACCUCGCAGGAUCAUUCGCAAACACCGAAAUCUUAGGCCAUCUCCUCCAAGCAGGCGCAGAGACCAACGACGGCAGUCUGCACGAAGUUUCGAGACAGCUACGAUGCGAUGCCAUUCAAACGUUGGUGAAGAAUGGACACGAUGUCGACUAUCCCAGCGAUCGCCAUGAAGGCCGAAGUGCUCUAGCCGAGCUAUGUCUUCGAGCCAUGGACCACUCUCCUUCGCCCGCGAAGCUGGAGGAAGCCAUCCGGUGUCUGAUCCUCCAUGGUGCGAAUAUUCGGGAGGUCAACUACUCCGGCAAAACGAUCUUUCAUUGCGCGCUUGACUCGGUUGAUCCUGUCACCAUCUUGGGGGUGCUGCUGAAAACGAUGUGGAAGUUUAUCAACGAAGACGCAUUUCUCUUUAGUGAUGGGAGGUAUACUUAUUCGCUAACGAAAUAUGUCGAAAAGGGGCUCUUCGCCGGCCCACAACACUGCAAACCCGAGCUACUUCGACUUCUGCGCAACAAGCGAGCCAAAGAUCGCUUCUGGGCCAACUCAAUCGAGGAAGACCAGCCUGAAGACUACUGCAACGCGCCACCUCAUAUCGAAGCGGAAGUUCUGCUUCAAAGGUCCCGCAGGAAGCGACAAGCAGAGCAGCGCGAGGAUGUACAAAGAGAACUCGAGCUAAAGCGCACGAGUAUUGUUCAGGAAGCCGAGAUCAUGAACAUUAUGACGGAGGCAGAGCUCGCACGAGACCGGCAGCGAGGAGCCGUCGAGCGGGAACUACUUAGCCACAAAGCCAUCACCCAGCGCCAGAUCGAAAUAGCCGCCGACAUCUCCCGCGAUAAGAUGCUCAAGCAAAAGCACCACCGACAAGAAGCACAUCAGCGGCAACUGCGGGACAUUCAAGUCUCUGCCCAAAAGGCAUACGCGGCCGAAGAAAGCGAGAAAGAGAGUUUGAAGAAUAUGAUGGCGAUUGAGUUCCACCAGAAGCAGGUCGAGAUCAUGAAUGACGGGGUGAGAAGCCGGCUGGCUAUUGAAGAAGGUGCCUUUCAGCAUCACGAGAAGGUGCUGGUGUAUCAGCACGAGCGAGAGAUGGCGAAGAUCAAGAUGCAGAAGCAACUGCUUGAAAGGCAGCCCACGUUUGCCGGGACAUAUCCGAGGCCAAGUUUGAAUCAGAUUGGGUAUGUUACUGAGACCUAG